GGUCAAAUAUUGGGGAAGAGGGCUGGGUUCUAUAUAAGCAGAGAGUGUGAAAAGAGGAAAGAACCCCGAGUUUGGAGUCAUGCCACCUAACAGAGAAGUGAAUAACAGUGGCCAGGAGCAGAGCAAAGAGAGUUUGCUUAGCCGAGAGGAGAAGGAGAAGGAAUACAGUGAUGUGGAGGGACAGCAGGCGCGAUGUGGGUGCUGUGUAGGAUUGAGGGAAUGGGUGAUUAAGUGCUGGAAUGGUGUGUGCACAGCAUUUAGUAAGGCACUGGAAUUCGGAAAGAGUGAUCCCAGGAAGGUCAUAUUUUCGGUGAAAAUGGGAAUGGCGCUGAGCUUGGUGUCGCUCCUGAUGUUUAUGGAGGAACCCUACAAACAGAUUAGUACACAUUCUAUUUGGGCAAUAUUGACUGUGGUGGUGGUCUUUGAAUUCACUGUAGGUGCAACGCUGAGUAAGGGAUUUAACCGAGGUCUAGGAACACUUACAGCUGGCGGCUUAGCUUUUGGAGUUGCAGAACUAGCAAUGUAUACUGAAGAGUGGGAGCCUCUGAUAUUUAUCAUAAGCAUCUUUACUGCAGGUGCACUUGCCACUUUCGCUAAGCUAUAUCCAAAGAUGAUACCUUAUGAAUAUGGGUUUAGAGUGUUCCUGAUAACAUUUUGUUUCAUCUUAGUAUCUGGAUAUAGAACCAGGACAUUCAUUCACACGGCAAUAACACGCUUUCUUCUUAUUGUUCUGGGGGCUGCUGUUGCUUUUCUAAUUAAUGGCUGUAUUUACCCAAUUUGGGCAGGAGAGGAUCUACACAAACUGAUUGUGAAAAACUUUAUGGGUGUUGCAAAUUCCCUUGAAGGUUGCAUGGAUGGAUACCUUUCAGGACUAGAGAUUGAGAGGGUUACAUCAAAAAUUCUUACAUUUCAGGCUGAUGAUGAUCCAGUGUAUAAGGCCUAUAGAUCGGUCAUUAUUUCUGCAUCUCAAGAGGAAACACUGGGAGGCUUUGCAAGCUGGGAGUGGCCUCAUGGAAAUUAUGCAAUGAUGAAGUAUCCCUGGAAAGACUAUGUUAAACUGGGAGGAGCUUUAAGACAUUGUACAUAUAUGGUUAUGGCUUUGCAUGGUUGUAUACUCUCAGAGAUACAGGCUCCUCGUGAACUUCGUCAGAUUUUCAGUAAUGAACUACGACAAGUGAGUGCUAAAGGUGCAAAUGUUUUACGUGCACUGGGCAAUAACCUCGAUAAAAUGAUGAAAUUGAAGAGUAAAGAUAUGUUAGAUGAAGUUCACACAGCAGCAGAAGAAUUGCAGGCAAAGAUUGAUGCACGCUCUUAUCUUCUGGUAAAUUCAGAAAGCUGGGUCAUUGGGAAUAGGGGAACUACUGUACCAAGUCAAAGUGAUGAACUGAUUGAAGAUGAGGGACGUGAUCAACUAGGGAAUCUUUCACAUCAGAUGUCAAACAGUAAUCACCGGCCUUUUGCUAAUGACCAUCGGGUUAAUGUUCUUUCAAGAAGUUGGCAUAGUCAUAAUUCCAGCUUUGGGUUGACAUCGGUCACAGUAGCAAAAUCGCCAGAGAAGAAAAUGUCCAAGCAACUGUCCUGGCCUUCACCACACUCAACUGACACUGAUCACCCAGAUUCAGGCACAAGAGAGAGGACCUUAGAGAGUGCAAGUGCACUUUCCUUGGCAACAUUUGCCUCACUUUUAAUAGAGUUUGUGGCAAGGCUUGAUAAUUUAGUUAAAUCAUUUAACGAGCUAAGUUUGAAGGCUAAGUUCAAGGAGCCUGAUAGUUGGCCUUCAACUGAAACCAACGGCAUCUGUCAAAGGUUGUUAAAAAUUUUCAGACUGCGAUCAUGACUGCUAUUGUUAGUUCUUGGCAGCUUUUUCUUAAUGCUGGCAAGUUGUGAUGUUGCGAAGCAACUACCUAAUCAGGAACUAGAAUGAAGUAGAAGCCAUUAACUGGUCAUCUGAAACUAAUUAAACAUGAAACUAAUUACUCAGGAACUAGAAUGGAGUAGAAGCCAUUAACUGUUAAUCUGAAACUAAUUAACCAUGAAAUAACAUACUUUUUUUUUCGGAUGUUCAAAGACCCAGGAAUCCUUCAAAUGUAAAAUAUUAAGGGUGCUGAGAAUACAGGCGGAAGGACUACAAGUGACGUAUUUAUAACUUGUACAGCUGUAAAUAUUUUGUCAUCUUGUAAAUCUGCCUUAGCCUUAUUUGAUUUUGCACUAUUAUGUUCAAAGGCCCAGGAAUUCUCCAAAUGUAAAUAUUAAGGGUGCCGAGAAUACAGGUUAAAGGACUAAAAGUAACGUUCUUAUAACU